GUCCUACUUAUUCCACAGUCCACACCAAAGUCAGACGCGAGCCGUUAGUGUAACGACAGAGGUGUGGGAAGUUUUGUAUACUGCAUAUAAUAUUGAAAUAGUCGUUUGCCGAACAUUAGAACCUUUUGAACGAAAAAAUAAGUGAUUGUAUAGUGAUUAGAGCCUCUCAUAUUCAAUUCUACUUCAUUAACAUCGUUGUGUACCAUGUUACGGUUGAGGUGAAGCAUCGUAUUUUUAUACAUGUUUAAAACGCACUUUGUUACUCAUAUCGGGGAGACGCGAGGAUAAAUCUACAGCUUCAGGUAGUGAACACAGACGAGCACCAUGAAGACACUACCACUCUCAGGGAUGAUCAUUGUUUAUCUUGUGAUUCUCUGUGCUUCACCAAGUAUCCACGCUUUCUUCUCCAUGAGCUCACUGUCUCCCGCGCUUGAGAGAGUGGCGUCCUACGGGUCCUACAUGCUUGGUUACGGGUCGCCUGGGCCUCACUACGGCGAGAUCGAUAUACCAUAUGUCAAAGAGCCGCUGUGGGACGGACACAUCUCCGUUGGGGACGUCGUGUCACCGCUCCUGAAGGCACUGGGAGCAGACGGCACGGGCAGCGACGAACACUACGGCGAUAACCGAGUCGUUAAAGGAUUGGAGAAUCGCCUGGGAUUCAGAGUCGCCGUGCCUUAUCUUGGGGACUUUCAGGUGACCCGCGAGAUUGGGCCUGGCAGGUUCCUGGAUAAGCUGGGACCCGGCAAGUACACGUACCCAGGGCCGAAGGAUGUGAUAUAUACGGGAGGCGACAAUGGGAUGCAUUACAAGCCUCCCAAGGGCCACGGACCUCCGGCAUCUGGUUCCAUCAUCCCUGAUAAUACAGCCAUGUACCAGAGCCUGCAGAAUUACCCCUGGUACAGGAGGUAACCCCCUGACUGCCCCGUGGUAACCAUGGUACAAGACCUACAUCUUACCCGGUGGUGCAGGAGUGACUAACUUGGUGCACACAAAUUAAAAGGUAACCGUGAUCCUUUGCUGUCAAUAGAGUCCACUUAUAGAAGAAGACAGUUCUAGGAAAGACUUGUCUGCCAAAGUAGGUUAUUGUUGUUAUCAGUAAAAUAUGAUUUUUAUGUAAUUAUUGUUGUAACCUACAUUUUAUUUUUGUUAAGUAAAUACUGUAUAUUUUAGGCCAGUAGGAUACCAGUAGACUAUACCUCUCGUCACUCACACACACACGCACCAUAGUUCCAGUCUUGAAUGUCCUAGAUUUUCGAUAUAGCCUGAUGGUAAGCCAUGAAGAGUAAUUAAUUUUCAUAGUACUGUAUUUAUUUUUGCUAUCUAUUUAUUGUGUGUGUGUGUGUGUGUGUUUAUUUAUUUGGUUUGUUGAAUAAAGUAUGUAUUUGCUCAAA